ACUGUUAGUGCUUUCAGUUCCCGUUGGCGAACUUGAUUUGGUCUGUGGAUCUCUAUAAAUAACUAAUACAGCUCGUACAUAUCGAACAAUCUGGAAUAAUCUUUUGAAAAACGUUUUAAGCUUCAUCAUUUGAAACGAAAAAUGUAUAGUAAGAAGGAUUAACGAUAAUCGAAAGUUGGAGUUUUUGGGUAGAUGGCGUUUAAUUUUUUGACGUUUAGUUUGGAAAGACAAAUUACGGAGUCGUUUGAAAGGAAAACAUUGGAUAACAAAUUUCCAAAAUGCGGUGGUUUAAGACCGAUCACGUGUGAACUUGAAGAACCUACUCAAUGGCUUAAUGUAUUGGUCAUGAAUAAGAGUCACGAAAGCAUCGAAGUUUCCGGUACAAGUGAAUCGAGUAAAAGUAGUGGAGAGUAUUCGAUUGAAUUUUCACAAGAUGCUGAUUAUGUUAUUCCACCAGAAGCCGUUAUCGAUCCUAAUAAACCCAAAGGUAGUAAAAAAGAUAAAGGUGGAAAAGGAAAAGAUGGUAAAGGAAAAGCGAAAAAGAAGAAGUAA